AUGGGUUCCCACACUGAUGCAGAUGAGGUCGCAGCCCACGCUGUGCGCGUGAACGUCUUCCACACUAUCGACUUCUUGCUGAAGUACAGCGCCCCAUUGCGGGAGAAGGUUAAGAGUGGCCAGGUCGAGAUCCAGGGUGGCAUCUAUCACCUGGACUCUGGAAAGGUGGAGUUCAUGGGACGUUCUCCACAGCAGUCCACCCUUUUGAGCACCAACCUUGGGCUUCCCCCAUCCAUGACUCGUGAGGGUGGCCGCACCUCUGGCUAUGGCCCUUCCGCACGAGGUGAGCAUGGAGUGCGCACCACAGUGGACAGUGCAGUUCCUGCUGAGGAAGCUUUGAAGAUGCUGAAGGCUGGCAACGAGCGCUUUGCUGUGGGUGCUCCUUUGGCCAAGCACGCCACUCUCAAGAUGCGUGAAGCUUUGGUGAGCCAUGGGCAGGCACCCCACACCGCCAUCCUUGGCUGCGCAGAUUCCCGUGUGCCAGUUGACACUGUGUUCGAUGCCAUGCCAGGUGACUUGUUUGUCUUGAGGAAUGCAGGCAACACUUGCACCCAUGCGGAAGGCAGCAUGGUUGGUAGCUUGGAGUUCUGCUGUGGCAAGUUGGGCUCCAAGUUGAUUUUGGUGAUGGGCCACACCAAGUGCGGAGCCAUUGCCGGAGCUACUGCGACCUACCUUGCCAGCAAGGAAGGCAAGGCCUCCAAGAGUGCAGGCAGUGCACUUGAGGGUCUGCUGGUGGGUUUGUCUGGCGUCGCAAAGCAGGCCGAAGAGGAGCUUGCUUGGUGUUGGCGCCGAUCAGGACCAGUUGGUGUCCCACUCUGUGCGCGUGAACGUCUUUAG